GGAAUCUCCAAAAUCUAAAGGCCCAUCUAUGCAGUUAGUUGAUUCACAGCAGCAUGGUCCAGAUUGCAGUGCAAGUAGUUUAUCCAUUCAAAACUCACGGACUACGAAACUUCCAUAUUCAGAGUCUGAUAUCAAACCCUUAUCACGGCUCCAAGCGUCUAACUUACCCAGCAAGAAGGCACUCAUUACCCAACCACUUGACGGCUAUUUCGCCAACGUCCAUCCGUUGCGAUGUUUUGGCUUCGUCCACAUACCGACGCUCCUAGCACAGUUUGAUAAGGACAUAUCCGAAGAAAGCGACCAUUGUGCUUUACUCUUGAGUAUCUGUGCCCUUGGAGCAAAUAUCUUAUCUUCCACCAAGUUUUGUACUAUCUUCGGCAAAUGCAUGGGUGAGCCGCAGGAUGAGUGCGGUUCUUGCUGAUCUUAAUCAAGUCUCUAUAGACAAACUCGAGGUUACCGCUCUUUUAUGUGAUCCUGAAAUCAGGAUAGGGAAUUAUGCAAGUGCCUAUAUGAUCAGUGGUAUAGGCUUGCGCAUGUCCCAAGCACUGCAGCUCAACGUCGAAUACUCUGCCGAUGUGCUAUGUAAGAAUUCUCAGGCAGGGCUUUCCCCAUCAGAAAGAGAGACGCGACGAUGAUUAAUCUGGUGCUGCUAUAUAAUGGAUAGCUGGAUUAGCAGCGGUGUCGACCAUCUCACUAGGCUACAUGAAAUAGACAUCAAGAUUUUGUCACUCUCGCAGCUUUCUCUAUCAGAUACCCUGCAUCACAGAACGAUGGAUGAAGGGGAAAUCUUCUAGUUUCUCCCACAUUCUGCAAUAUCGCUCAACCCAGUUGAUAAUAUGGGCAUGAUGGCCUUUUUUG